AUGUUUCUUCAUUCAGGUGCCAGCCUGCAUGGACACGAAUACUCAAAUAAAAAGCCUGAUCAACAUUCACAGCCCCGUCCUCGACGCUCUCCCCUCCUGCGAUCGGCGUUCGCCUCAUCUCCCCCCAUUAGCGAGACGUCACCGGCCACUACAGCUCCCACUGCAACGUCAUCGCCUUUCCAGCCAACACCCAUCGCCAAGGGCCCGCCGCCUCCCGCCAGCGCUUUGCAAACAAAACCUCGUCCACGCCCGGUCUCUGACGGCUUCUACCCGCGGCGGACGCCUGAACCAGUCGUACGGUUCCAUGACCCUGUAGUGGUGGACAUCCCGUUUCGACGACUUUCCACACCGGUUCGACCUUCUGCCCCCGUACGACUAAUAUCACCGGUCAAGCUCAACCCCCUCAGGCCGCGAGAACAAAUGAGCGACGAUGAGACCAACUACUCGGCGUCAGAGGCCAGCUAUGCCAGCGACCAAGCGUCGCUCUCGGCUAACGGCACCUCGAAGCGUCUGCGCCGUCGCCGGGCGCCUCGGAAGAGCACAGCCUUCAUCUUUGCCCACCCAGCUCCUAAGCUCGCCACCAAGAAGCACCUGCUCCAGCACAUCCGCCCUACACUGCUCCUGCAGAUGCAGCAGCUGUCCGACCGCCGUCCACUGCCCGUCAUUGACGUCUAUCCAGCAUCGCUUAUGGGUGGCAACGUCGUCGCACCGCGCUUUUCCAAGCUGCCACGGCUUUUCGGUGUCAACGGCGAGUUGGGCCUCCACGACACUAUUCUCGUGCGAAAUGGCGACUAUGGCGACCAGUCGCCGGGAUCCGAGAGCGAAUGCGACGACGAUGCCUUUGAGCGACGGCAGCUGUUGGCUGUGCUGAGCCCGCUACGCCGAGAGGACCGCUCCGAAAUUGUCCUAGAAGAUGGAACCGUGUGGACAGCUAUACCUCUGGCAUCGGGCUCGUUCGACUUUGUCUGUGUUGACGCCAGCGGACGGGCCACGACUGCCCGCUGGGUUCGGCGCACCACCAGAGCCGAUCCGGGCACCGACACGUCCCAACUAGAGGCCGAGAAGCUCACCUUUAGCGUCAUCAACCCAGACUCGAGGCGCCACCCCAUCCUAGCGACACUGACCAAGUCCUCGCUAGACGUUCUGGACCACUACACGACCGUAUCCGCAUCGAGCGGCCGAUAUCCACCCACUAGAUCCAGGACAAUCUCGCCAGCACCUGUCGAGGCUGAUGGCAGCAAUGAUGAGGAGGCACACGGAGACCAUGAGACCCACGGACGUUUCGGAUCUGCGACACAGCUUGCCAACGAAGGACGAACGACCCACCCGGUCGACGGAGCUCUCCGAGACUUUAUCUGUAUCACUGCUAUCUGGGUGGCGCUCCAGAUCGGCUGGGCUCAGGGUUCGACGCCACCGGCCUUCCUGUCGGCUCUGAACAACGCCUCGGUCACGACAGAGCACCUCAUCAACGGCGCUGCAAGAGCUGCUUCUGGCAGCUAUCGCCGCCGCAGCUUCCCACCGAAGCUGGAAGAGAGCCGGGCAGAUGGCGCCGCAACCAACGGCAGCGGCAACGGUGAUAUGCGCGGCCGUGGCUUGCUGUCCCUACGGAAAUCGCGACCAGCAUCACCACUGGUAUUUGGCCAGCGGCUAGAUCGAGACGAUUCACCUUACGCAUCGCACAGAGCUUCCAUGCCUGCUGGUGGCCUGCCGACGAAGGCCUUCAGCACCGGUGCUGCAUACAUGCAACGCCGGAAGCAGCUACAACAGAUGUACGACACCAGCGACUCCGAGCGGCCAUCACUUUCCGGCGUACAGAGAAGCAGGGCUUUCUCUCGUCUCAGCGGGGACUACACUCCAGACGCUUUGGCAAAACAGCGGCUAUCCCCCUCCCCUUCCAUUGCGGAAUUUCAAUCAACGGAUGCUUCUCCUCCGUUGUCCACGAUAUACCCGCUGUCAUCAGUAACUGCAGCUGGCGUUGGGAGCCUAGCAUCGCGCUCCCUGUCCCCAUCGACCCCAAUGCCUCGCGGCGGGCGUCGUAAUUAUUCUGCAUACUACCCUACCGACACCAUGCCCACGACUGACUUCGGCAAAGCGGAGCGCCGGACUCUUGGGUAUGCGGGCGAAUCAGAUCGUGGGCUGCGGCCUAGCCUGGCUGUCGACAAGGGACCCAGCACCAAAUGGAAGAAGCUAGGCAGCUGGUUAAAGAAGCUCGGCGGGCACUAG